GCUUCCGGCCCGGUCAUGAGGCGUCCACCGUUUUUCGUGCGCUGAAGAUUUCUCUUCGAAUUUGGGUUCGUAGUACUGUCGCCUAGCCAACUUUUUUGAGAAAUGCCAACUUCCGACGUCCACCGUUCACAUCGAGCUGCAGAUUUAUUUCCAAAUUUGAGUUAACCGCCUUUUUUGCCUCGAGAAACUUGGUCAAAGAAUACUUUCGACUAACGAGCCAAGGACGUUGUAUACAGUCAUCAUGCGAACUCAUGUCAUCGAUUUGAGCACCAAAUUUAGUUUAUCGUUAAAAACUCAAUCCUCGUGCAGCAAUUAAAUUUCCUCAAAUUUUCCAAUCGUCAAGAGUUAUCCGCCUUUUUUGCCUCGAGAAACUGGUCAAAGAAUACUUUCGACUAACGAGCCAAGGACCUGUUGUAAAAAGUCAUCAUGCGAACUCAUGUCAUCGAUUUGAGCACCAAAUUUAGUUUAUCGUUAAAAACUCAAUCCUCGUGCAGCAAUUAAAUUUCUUCAAAUUUUCCAAUCGUCAAGAGUUAUCCGCCUUUUUUGCCUCGAGAAACUGGUCAAAGAAUACUUUCGACUAACGAGCCAAGGACCUGUUGUAUACAGUCAUCAUGCGAACUCAUGUCAUCGAUUUGAGCACCAAAUUUAGUUUAUCGUUAAAAACUCAAUCCUCGUGCAGCAAUUAAAUUUCUUCAAAUUUUCCAAUCGUCAAGAGAUAUCCGCCUUUUUUGCCUCGAGAAACUUGGUCAAAGAAUACUUUCGACUAACGAGCCAAGGACGUUGUAUACAGUCAUCAUGCGAAAUUAUGUCAUCGAUUUGAGCACCAAAUUUAGUUUAUCGUUAAAAACUCAAUCCUCGUGCAGCAAUUAAAUUUCUUCAAAUUUUCCAAUCGUCAAGAGUUAACCGCCUGUUUUGCCUCGAGAAACUUGAUCAAAGAAUACUAUCGACUAACGAGCCAAGGACGUUGUAUACAGUCAUCAUGCGAACUCAUGUCAUCGAUUUGAGAACAAAAUUUAGUUUACCGUUAAACAUUCAAUCCUCGUGCAGCAAUUAAAUUUCCUCAAAUUUUCCAAUCGUCAAGAGUUAUCCGCCUUUUUUGCCUCGAGAAACUUGGUCAAAGAAUACUUUCGACUAACGAGCCAAGGACGUUGUAUACAGUCAUCAUGCGAACUUAUGUCAUCGAUUUGAGCACCAAAUUUAGUUUAUCGUUAAAAACUCAAUCCUCGUGCAGCAAUUAAAUUUCUUCAAAUUUUCCAAUCGUCAAGAGUUAACCGCCUGUUUUGCCUCGAGAAACUUGAUCAAAGAAUACUAUCGACUAACGAGCCAAGGACGUUGUAUACAGUCAUCAUGCGAACUCAUGUCAUCGAUUUGAGAACAAAAUUUAGUUUACCGUUAAACAUUCAAUCCUCGUGCAGCAAUUAAAUUUCCUCCAAUUUUCCAAUCGUCAAGAGUUAUCCGCCUUUUUUGCCUCGAGAAACUUGGUCAAAGAAUACUUUCGACUAACGAGCCAAGGACCUGUUGUAUACAGUCAUCAUGCGAACUCAUGUCAUCGAUUUGAGCACCAAAUUUAGUUUAUCGUUAAAAACUCAAUCCUCGUGCAGCAAUUAAAUUUCCUCAAAUUUUCCCAUCGUCAAGAUAUAUCAACUCUUCUUCUGGCGACAUCAUCUUCAUUCGUGACAUCUAAUCAAGAGGAAUCAAAAAAAUAUUGUUAAUUAGACUUGUAUAUAUUUGUAAUUCUUAGUUUUAAGUUUCGAUAAUUUACUACUCGUUAUUUGAAAAUGUCAGAUAAUUCGGAUAAUAGAGAUAUAUCUUUCCCAUUACCAAUAGACGAAGAUCGUUUACAAGUGGCGAGAAUUGUUGCUCACAAUAGACGACAAGUUUCGAGACCUUUUAUUCCACUAUUUCCACGAGCAAAUGUUACGCGAGAAAAUGUUGAAGUUUAUCGUCAACGUUCAAUAACACCAGACAUCGAAGGACAACAAGAUUCUCAUCAACUGUCGCGAGAAUCAGUGCGUCGUCAACUGUUUGCUUCACCAAUAGAACAACAGCAGGAAUCUUCGUUCAUACACCAAGAUGAAGAAACCCGAAUGUCAACUUCUAGCGAUACAACAGUCUCGUGGCAACGUCAUUUUGGCAUAUUGGACAUUGAUUCAAGUAGCAGCAUUAUCGAUAAUCAACAGCCAAUGGAUAUUGGUUUCGAUAAUGCUCCACUGGAUUUAUUGAAUCAAUGUCCAAUACCCGAGAAACGUUUUAAAUUAACGGAAUUUGAAGACAAACCAAGUACAAGCAAGGAAGCAGAUUCACGUGAAGCUCAACUGAAACAAACAUCUGCACCUCGAAAACGUUUUAAAUUAACGGAAUUUGAAGACAAACCAAGUACAAUAAAGGAAGCAGGUUCACGUGAAGCUCGGCUAAAACAAACAUCAGCACCUCCGAUAAGUUUUAAAUUAACGGAAUUUGAAGACAAACCAAGUGCAAGAAAGGAAGCUGGUUCACGUGAAGCUCAACUGAAACAAACAUCUGCACCUCCGAAACGUUUUAAAUUAACGGAAUUCGAUAACAAACAAAGUACAAGCAAGGAAGCAGGUUCACGUGAAGCUCAACCGAAACAAACAUCUGUACCUUCAAAACGUUUUAAAUUAACGGAAUUUAAAGACAAACCAAGUACAAGAAAGGAAGCAGAUUCACGUGAAGCUCAACUGAAACAAACAUCUGCACCUCCGAAACAUUUCAAAUUAACGGAAUUUGAUAACAAACCAAGCACAAGCAAAGAAGCAGAUUUACGUGAAGCUCGACUGAAAGAAACAUCUUCACCUCCAAAGAGAAGGAAGAAAGCUGCAAACAAGAAGGAAGAAUUAAAAAAAGAUGAGCAAAAAAAAUUUACGAUUAAAACGGGUUUUAACGAGUCUUUUUGCCCAGACGAAGAAUUGCGUAACGUAAUUAUUGAUAAAACAAGGAUGUUGUCCCAAAUGUUCAUAUUAGUCACCUUAUUUGUAAAUUUCGCGCUUCGACACCCGAAACAUAGUUACUUGAGGGAUUUGUGGUCAACUGAAGGACCAGAUUAUUUAUCCAUCGCCUAUUUAUUUAAAAAUGAUACUCGUGCAACGGGAAAAAAAGAAUUUCUGGAUAAUUUAAGAAAAAUUUAUGUUCCAGAAUUCACCCAAUUAAUGGGUAGGCCAUUUCAAACGUUUAACUGUGAACAUUUAAGUGCACCUAUCCAAGAAAUGGCUAGACAACUAAACACCAAUUUUCGUACAAAUCUCUCAUAUCAUGCAGAAAAACGUUUAGGCCUCUUUUUUAAAACCCAAUACAUAAAGAAUAAAUCAAGUGAUAGGAAAAAAAAGAAAAUCAAUAAGUUUACCGUUAAAAAAAAAAUUGCGCAACAACAGAAACAGGAAAAAAGAAAAAAAAAGUAUAAAAAGAAACGAAAGAAGCAGAUGGAAAAAAAAAGAAGAAAAAAAUUAUUCCAAAAAGAAGUUAGACAAUUGAGAGAAGCUUCACUGCUUUUAUCGAAACCUGACAAAAGGGAGCGAGAUAGAGAGAUUUUGCAACAAGAAUCUCGUGAAAGAAAAAUUAAUACAAGAAAACAACGAAUAUUUGUGUACGAUGCGCGAGAGCCUUUUAGAAAAAGAAGAAAACGGGGAAAGAAGAUUCCAAAUUCAAAUCGCAUGACAGGAAAUAAACAGGGGGAAGAAAAAGAGGAGAUUGAAGAGGAAGAAGAAGAAGAGAAGCAAGAUGAAAAUAUGGAAGAAGAAGAUAAGCAAGAAGAAGACAAGCAAGAUGAAAAUAUGGAAGAAGAAGAUAAGCAAGAAGAAGAUGAUGAGACAGCUAUUGAUAUUGAUAACACCGAUAGUACAGAAUUUGAAAAUAUAAAUAACAAGAUCAAGGACGAUGUCAAUAAUCUUUUAAAGGAUAAUACGUGCAAUAAUUUGAUUUUAAAACAACUUAAUGAAGAAAAUUUAAACUUUUGCGAUGUACAAAGCCAUAACAAAUGUCACUUGUUUUUUAAAUUCUUCAUGAGAUUACAAUCUUAUUUUGUCGCGAAAAAUGUAUCAAGCUUCAUUCUAGUGCCCAUUAUGAAACCCGGCGUCAAAUAUUUCACGUUUACAAAUACUGGUCUACAUGACUUGGAAAUCAUGUUGAAGAAGAAAGAAAUCCUUAAAACACAAGAAACACCGAAAAAGAAAGUAUCAACAGUUUCUGAGAUAGAGGCUAAGAAGAAGUCAAAAAAGGAAAUUUCUGCCGUGGAAAAAGAGUACAAAAUAAAAAUGUCACCUUUAAAAAAAUCAAUAAAACUCCUUGCUGAAAACAAAAAAAAAUUAGAUCGAGAAUUAAAAACUUUAAAAAAAAAUAAAAGUUUUGACAAAAAACAAUUAACAAAAUUGGAAAAUGAGUUCGAAAAAGUUAAAGAGGAGUUAAUGGCAAAGGAGAGCGAAAUGAAUAAUUGUAGAUUGCAACACAACACCAUCGUGUCGGAAAGAAAUGCUGGAAAAUAUAUUAAAAAUGAAGAGCGUUGGGAGAAAAUGUUUCGAAUUUCGAAAAUUCGAACAAAUUCGAAUAAGCUUAAAUUCUCUGGUACUAUUAUGACUGAUGGUGUUGCUGUAUCGAUAAUUUAUAAUGUCGUGAAACCUAAAACAGUAAUCGAUUUCGCAUUUACUGAAACGGAAAAAAAAUCUCUCAAUUUAAAUGAUUUCCAGACACUCAAAGGUCUUGAUCCAGGUCUCAAUUUGGCAUUCGGAGGAGUCGAGAGAAAUGGUCAGUGCAAUUUUAAUAUCAAUUCCCAAGAUAAACAUAUUAAAAUUAAAACAAAAUCGUUUCGUUGGCACACACAAGUAAACAAGAGAAAAUCCAUCUUAUACAAGUAUGGAAAUAAUCCCAGAAAGUAUUACAAUGAUUUAAGCAGUACGGAAGAAUUUAGGGAUAAAGUAAAUCACAAGGAUUCGUCGACUAUUUUCUUAUCAACUAAAUUUGCAUUGAAAGCAUUUUUCGACAACCAACCUUAUCAAGAGAAGAGAAGAAUCGCUGCCCUGAAAUGGGAUAAAUACAUGAUGGUGCAAAGGGAGUCCGACUUGUUGGCUAAUUACAUUGUUGGUGAUGAAAAGAAAAAACAACUAAUUGUAAUUGGACAACCAAAUAUAUCACCGUGGAUGAAAGGUCACAUUCGCAUGUCGUUGCGCGUCGUAGUGAAGAAAUUGGUCGAAAAACAACGAAAUUCACAAAAUUUACGCAUUGUUUUUGUCGACGAGCAUCGAACCACUAGGUUAUGCAGCACGUGCAAUGAAAAUGUUAAAAUUUAUAAAAAUCGAACAACUUAUUGUGAGACAUGUAAAAUUCCGUGGAAUCGCGACGUGAACGCCGGUAGGAACAUUCUCAAUAUCGGGUUAGUUAAAAUGGGAAUGAUUCCUAAAGAAAACUUACCACAUUGGGAUCAAUUUCGUGCUCUCUCUAAAGAUGAGUAAUAUUUUUAAUUUUUUUUUUUGCUCGUCUAUUGAUAAUGGGAAAAAUAUAUCUCUAAUUUCGGUCCUCCACUUGAUGGUUAAGGCCAAGGCUUUUUAAAAAGCGUACCCAUUCUUAAAAAAUUUCUCGGGAAAGCACUGCUAGCAAAUUAUCAACAUGAAAUUCCAAUUGGAUUGAUUUUCUAAAGUGUCACUGAAUUCGAAUGGUUAGAAAGACUUUUUUUAAUUUUCGGAAUAAUUGUUUUAAAUGUACUUUUUGACAAUUCAUUUUCACCUCAGUAAUUUUAUUUAUUUCAAUUCAGAUUUAAGGUGACACUAAAAUAUGAUAAAAUAAUUAAUGACGAUUUCUUAAUUUGUGUUAUCAGAGGUUAAAAAUUAUAAAAAUAAUAUAAUAUUAAAUUAAAAAUUACAAGUGAGAUUUCCUAUCGGAAUUUCCAAUUGGAAUUUCUGUUGGAAUUUCCUAGGAGUGCUUUCCUGGGAACUUUUUCACGUGGGUAGAUUGAAUAACUCCUGAUGCUGAUUAAGAGACACAAAGUGCAACAUGAUUUGAUUAAUUACAGGUUUUAAUUGUCACAUUCCCUCGAAACCAGCCUAUUAUAUGCUCACUCGUUAAUUUACAUUCGAAUCGUGUAAUUUGCUGAAUUCACUAAAUAACCGAAUAGUAGAAUUCGAGUUGAAUAAUUCGUUAUGGAAAUCUUCUGCAAGAGUCGUUUAUGAUUAUCUCGUGCAUUAAAAUUGCGUUCAAUGCAAAUAAUAUUAUCGAAUUAUUAAUCGUCGAUAAUACGUUAGGUAUCCGAAACGCAUCCCAACGAUGGUGGAAAUAAUUUAUUAAUUAUUUUCAGCAUUAUUUUUUACAACAAACUGGUAAUAUUUCACUGCAUGUGCAUAUAUUCCCUUUACAAUAUUAUAAUAAGCAUUGAUAUUAAUACUAAUUAAUUAUUAAAAUUUUAUAUCAGUAAUAAUAGAAGUUGCAAUUAAUUAAUUAAUUCCCACACAGAACGAAAUAUUUUUUGAAUAUUUUAAAAUAAUUGACUAAAAGAUUUAAAUUGUUCUAGUUUCCCGAAUAUUUUGUUGCCCACUGGGGGGCAACGAUGUUGAAUAAAAAAUUUAAAAACAGAGUCAAUAUCUACAUUAACUAUGAAGACGUAUUAUAAUUUACAUCUGCUGAAAUUCUAUAGCAUAUUUAAAAUUUUUGCAUUUUAAUAUAUUUUUAAAGUUAGAUAUUAAAUUGGAUAUAUGUAAGAAUACUCCUUUGAAAAAAAAUUAUCAUCUUUGCUUAAGGGGCCAUAUGGUCAAGAAAAGUAGGCGUGGAAUGGAAGCUACGAAAGUCACAAUUUGCUUUAAUCAGAUCUGGAGUAAUUGUGAUUCUGUCGAUUUUCAUUGACGCCUGAAGCUAUAUAGCGACCUUCAUAUGCGUAUGAGUAUGAGCACACGCAGGACAACACGGCAAUAUAUGAAUAUAGGGUGUAUAAAUGCCUCAACCCGGUUGAUUGAAAUUUAUGUUUUAAUUUAUAGCGAAUAGAUGCUUGGUUCCCAAACAACAUGCAGUGCAAGAGAAUAGAGGGUCAUUUUGCUACUCUGUUUAUACUGUUAAUUUACAGUGACAAGUCGCGUCUAAGUGUGUGUUCGAACAAAUAAAUCGUUACAUUUUUUUUCUUGAUUUUUUAACAGACUUUUAACAUUAUUUACAAACAUGUUCACGGUUUUUAUUCACAACACAACACAAUUUUAUUUUAUAUAACGCUUAAAACAAAGAAUGAAAAAUAUUCGCUCGCAUGAGGGAUCGAACUCACGCCCUCCUAACGCAUACGGGAAAAGUAUUUAACACACGUAUUUAAACCGCUCGGCCACAGAAGGCCGGAAUGUUGGUUCAGCAUGGGACACCAAUGUUCGUCCCAUGCUCGAUUCAAGACUCGGUCAAUCUUGAUACAAUAUUC